UUUCCGCUCCCCCUCCUUCCCUCCCCCCCUACCUCCCCCUUUUUUUUUUUUUUUUUUUUUUUUCGGGGUGGAGCGAUUAAUUCGGAGCGCCGGGACGGGGCUGCGGAGCCGCCGCCGCCACCGGGACCCCUCGGCCCGCCCGGGCUCCAGGUGCAGUAAAGUGGGGAGAAGGAUUCAGAUGUAAAACUACAGCCUGACCAUGCACUGAUGAGGAAACAGCCCCAUGUACCGGUGACACUUCAGCUUGUGAUCCCUGAGGAGCCUGGGGCAGAGGAAGUGCCAGAUUUCCAGCGAAAUUCAAGCCACCCUCUCCCUGUUGGUGGCUGAAUUGCUGCUCAGGGGCUUUUCAGGUCAGCCCAGAGUGCAGUGAAGCUGAUGUCAGUCAGAAGCAUCUGUGCUGUCCUCAGAGGAUAUGCCCUGGUGUAGACUGGAGUAAAUGAGGGCUGAGUCCUCCUGUGCCCAGACUCCCACUCUCACAUCCCUGUGCCUGAUUUGAAGUGACAGUGAGCAGAAGCAUAAGGUAUCUCUCAUUCUGUUUGGACUCCUUGUUUACAGAAGAGUGAUGGAGAUGCUAUUAAGCACAAAAGGCAUCACCAUAUGCCUGUUUUUCUUUGUACUGAGUUUGGCAGCAGCUAUUGAAAUACCAUUAUCAGUUUCCCAGCUUCCAACAAUCACAGAGCAAUCCCACACCCAGGUUGCCUACCCCUUUGAUGAGGACUUCACCAUUAAAUGUGAAGCCAGAGGAAACCCCCAGCCCACCUUUAACUGGACUAAGGAUGGAAAACCAUUUGAUUUAUCAUCUGACCCCAGGAUAGUCACAUCUAACAACUCUGGAACUUUUGUGAUCCAAAACCGGGGAAUCAUCAGCAAUUUCCAAGGGAAAUAUCGUUGCUUUGCAUCCAACGUGCUGGGAACUGCCAUGUCAGAGGAAAUUGAGCUGAUUGUUCCAAGUGUACCAAAAUUCCCCAAAGAAAAAAUUGAGCCUCUGGAUGUGGAGCAUGGAGAUUCUGUGAUCCUGCACUGCAACCCCCCAAAAGGCAUCCCCCCUUUGCAUAUCUACUGGAUGAAUAUUGAUUUGCAGCACAUCCCACAGGAUGAAAGGGUCUCCAUGAGCCUGAAGGGAGAUCUCUACUUUGCCAACGUGGAGGAGAGUGACAGCAGGAGUGACUAUUGCUGCUUCGCAGCCUUCCCCAGGCUCAGGACCAUUGUGCAGAAGAUGCCGAUGACGCUCAAGGUUUCCCGCUUAAAGCAUGCUAAUGACUCAGGCUCACCUAACGCUGCUGUUACUAAGGCAAAUUUUAUCAAGGAAAGGAAGCCCAAACUGCUGAUCCCUCCUGAAUCUGCUGGCAGUAGCUCAUCAGUCACUGUCAUCAAGGGAGGUGUCCUGCUCCUCGAGUGUAUUGCUGAAGGGCUCCCAACUCCUCACCUCAGCUGGGUCAAGGUCACGGGAAACAUGCCCAAGGAUGAGCCAGAGACAGAGAAUUUUGGGAAGACCCUGAAGAUUGACCAAGUGACAGCAGCUGAUGAGGGGACGUACCAGUGCACGGCCAGCAACCCCAUGGGCAGGGCCAGGCACGAGUUCCACGUGCGUGUGGAAGAGCCUCCCCAGUGGCUGAAGAAGCCCGAAGGUGGGGUUUACAGCGUGGGGACAAACCUGGUGCUGCUGUGCGAGGCCAUCGGGAACCCCGAGCCCAGCAUCCAGUGGAAGCUCAAUGGGAUGCCCAUCGAUGGCAGGACCUUCCGAGGGAGAAUCUCCACCAGGGAGAUCAGCCUGACCAACCUGCAGCUGCAGGACAGCGCCGUGUUCCAGUGUGAGGCCACCAACAAGCACGGCACCAUCCUGGCCAGCGCCAACAUCAACGUCCUCAAUAUUGCCCCCCUGAUACUGACCCCAGAUGGGGAAAACUACGCCACAGUCGUGGGUUACAGUGCCUUCCUGCACUGUGACAUCUUUGCUUCACCUGCAGCAGAUGUCAGAUGGACUAAGGAUGACAGCAUAGAGCCCCUUUCAGCGUUUCGCUACGAGUUAAACAAGAACGGCACCCUGGAGAUCAGGGACACAAAGAAGGAGGAUUCAGGGUCCUAUGCCUGCUGGGCUGCAAAUUCUGUGGGGAAAAGAGCAAUCACUGCUAAUCUGGAUAUAAGAGAUGCUACAAAACUUGUUGUUACUCCGAAGAACCCCCGAGUGCUGAAAUCACAUUCCAUUUUAUUGAAAUGCCAGGCUGAGUAUGAUUCCCACUUGAAACACAGUUUUAAAUUAUCCUGGAGGAAAGAUGGAGAUGAGCUGCCAGUCAACGGCACGGAAGGUGGCAGGAUAAUUCUGGACAGGGAUACGCUGUUCAUAUCCAGUGUUCUCCUGGAGGAUCAGGGAGUUUACAGGUGUGUGGCCAGCACUGCCCUGGACACCGCCGAGGCCGAGGCACAGCUGAUCGUUCUGGAUGUUCCUGACCCACCAGAAGACCUCCAGCUCUCGGAAAACCAAAACCGGAGCGUUCGACUCUCCUGGAAAGCUGGGGCUAGCCAUAACAGCCCUGUUAAUGAGUCAAUUAUAGAGUUUGAAGAGAACCACUGGGAGCCAGAGAUGUGGCAGGAGCUCAUCAGAGUGCCAGGGAAUGACACCACAGCCCUGCUGCCCCUGGCCCCGUAUGUGAAUUACCAGUUCCGCGUGGUGUCCGUCAACGCCGUGGGCAGGAGCCAGCCCAGCAAACCAUCCCUGCGCUAUGCGACCCCUCCCGCUGCUCCAGAUAAAAACCCAGAGAACAUCCGAGUUGAAGCUUCUGAACCCAAUGAAAUGGUGAUGAAAUGGGAGCCACUGAAGCCCAUGGAGAGGAACGGGCCGGGGCUGGAGUACAAGGUCAGCUGGAGGCAGCGGGGUGUGGAGACGGACUGGAACGAGGAGCUGGUGAAGAAGCACUCCCUGAGCGUGCGGAACGUGCCCACCUUCGUGCCCUACGAGAUCAAAGUCCAGGCCGUCAAUAAUUUAGGAUCUGGCCCGGAGCCAAACAUCACCAUUGGAUAUUCAGGAGAGGAUGUUCCAGAUGCUGCUCCUUCGGGCGUUUCUGUGGAGGUCGUGAACAGCACCCUGGUCAAAGUCUUCUGGUUUGGGAUACCAAGGGACAGAGUUCGUGGGCACUUAAGAGGCUACAAGGUCAGCUGGUGGAAAACAAGAAGCAUGCUGGAUGGAAAGAGGCAUCACCCAGAGAAACACUUCCUGACGUUUGUAGGAGACAGGAACUAUGGGAUGAUUCCUGGCCUGGAGCCCUUCAGUGAAUUCCGCUUGACAGUUUCAGCUUUCAAUUCCAGAGGAGAUGGCCCUGAGAGCUCCCCGGUGGUGUUUGAAACUCCAGAAGGAGUGCCUGAGCAACCACGUUUUCUCAGGAUCCUGAACUUUGACAAGGACUCGGUCACUCUGUCCUGGGGACUUCCCAAGAAAGCCAAUGGCCACCUCACUGGCUACAUUCUGCAGUACCAGAUAAUCAACGAGACGCACGAGGUGGGCACCGUGAGCAACGUGAGCGUCGCCAACCGCUCGGCGCUGAGCUGGCGCCUGGCGGGGCUCAGCCCCAGCACCAAGUACAAGUUCUACAUCAAAGCCUGCACGGCCAAGGGCUGCGGGAAGGCGGCCACCGAGGAGGGGCUGACGCUGGCCCAAGGCAGUAAAGGCAGCGGCAGGAUUUCAGACGCAGUAAAGCCCACCCCAAAGUUUCAGCCCAGCGAGGCCCUUGAGCCUGGCACUGAGUACACAAUCCGCCUAGUGACUAAGAACUGGGUGGAUAACAAUAGCAUUUUUGAAGAUGUAAUUGAGACCAGGGGGAGAGCCUACGCUGGCAUUUACGAGGGGAUUUCCACCCAGGGCUGGUUCAUCGGGCUGAUGUGCGCCAUCGCCUUGCUCACCCUGCUGCUGCUGACAAUUUGCUUUGUCAGAAGAAAUAAAGGAGGCAAAUAUUCAGUGAAAGAAAAAGAAGAUUUGCAUCCAGAUCCUGAAGCUCAAUCAAUAAAAGAUGAAAUCUUUGGGGAAUAUAGUGACAGCGAUGAAAAGCCGCUGAAAGGCAGCCUCCAGUCACUUAACGGGGACAUUAAAGCCACUGGAAGUGCUGAUAGUCUGGUAGAUUAUGGAGAAGGGGAGCAUGGCAUGUUCAAUGAAGAUGGUUCAUUUAUUGGAGCUUAUUCUGGAUCUAAGGAGAAAGGAUCAGUGGAAAGCACUGGGAGUUCUACGGCGACUUUUCCUCUCCACGCCUAAAAUUGGUGUUUGAUUGUGGUGUUUGUCCUGGUCAGCUCCCCACAGUUACCUGUGUGCUGGGGAGCAGGGUGCCAGUUGAGCCAGACAGGAAAAUCCUGACAUCCAGGUAAUACAAAAACGAGUCACUGCCACUAAAAGAUGAUUUUUCCAUCCUAAUUUCUAUGUGUUUUCUUCUGAGUAAAACAGAGUAAAUCUUUUUUCUACACGAUGUGUUAGUCUGAGCAAAGCAGAGUUUGCUCUGGUGGUACAUCUGUGUCCUUACCUGCUGUUCCAGGUGUUUCUUAGGCUUGGAAUAUGUUUCUCUGUGUAGCAUUUUUGCCCUGUAUGGCUGUCGUCACAGCUGUGUGUGUCAAAUUCCCUCAUGGCCUUGGUUAUAACCUCGAGGUUAUGGCACCAACAAAACCAGGUUACUCUGCAAAGUGACACAAUGAGGAAAAUUAGAAUUUAAAAUACCAGAGAAAUAUAUUCUAUAUAUUGUAUAAUUUUUUCCCUUUGUGUAUGAUAUUCAGAAAACCGUUUUAGUGGCUACAGCUGACGUCAAUUCCAACACACAGAAAUGCAGCCUUACCCACAGGAGAGUGUGGGUGAAGCUGCUGCCCAGUAGCUGGCACUAUUUCCUUUAAUAAGUUAAGCUGCAGCUCUUUCCUGUGGCAAGGAAAAACAGGGUUCCCAUCCACCAUCACUCGAAAUAUUUUUAAUUUUUCCCAGCUGCAAGCUGCAUUUCUGAGCAAACUCCUUGGUGUCUGUCUCAUAUCUGUAUAUUUGUGAGCUAGCCAACAUUUCAUGGAGACGUUGUACAUAUGAUAUUAAUAUUGACACAAGUCCAGAGCAGCCUGGUUUUAUUUUGAACUGAGACAUGUUUGCUAGCAUGGGUCUGUAUAGCUGUGUAGGAAUGAGUAGAUUUGCUUCUCAAUAUGGAUUUGGACCAGCAAAAUUAGUUUUCAGAAGGAGUUGUGUGCAUAGGAAUCAUCCAAACCUCUCACCAUUCAAACUAGACCUACCCGAAUUUCAAGAGUUCAUUUCUUCUCAGCCUAUUCACUGUUAAAUAAACAAAACAAAACAAACAAAACAAAAAAAAAGCAAAGAAAAUAUUCUGGUAGAGUUUGUUUUCCUAUUUUGUUGACUGAAUGCUGGUUUAAAUCUGGUCCUUUGCCUCUCCAACACUAACUCAGCCGAGCUGUACAGCACAUUUUUUUGGUCUUUUUGUACUGGAAUCUUCUGAAUCUCUUUUUAACAGCAUUUUUGAAUUGAAUAUUUUUGAAUCUUCUUGUUUGAGUAGAGCAUCAACGUGGCUUCAUUUCUUCUGUCACUCCCAUUACAAAAGUGUUCUCAGUAGUUCCUGCAGGAGGAAUAGAUCCUAAAAGCUGUUUGGCAUCCUGAUAGCAAUUAGGCAAAUAUCCCCAAAUGGCUCCUCCAUGAUUUCAGUGGAAGAAAGAGAGGAAGCAAGAAUUACUCCCAUGGUUCUGAGUUUCCAGCAAGGGCUAAAGUUAAGCCCAGGGAAAUGCAGAUUUUUCCCAGUGGAAGGGCUGUGGAUCCCACACAGCUCCCCCCAGGCUGGGGCUGCUCCUCAGAGUUUGGCAGUUUCUGGAAGCCUUUGGUGCUCAAGCUUCUGCUGAUCUGUGCCUCUUUUUGGGGUUUUAAUUGGAGCUUUUAAGGGCUUUUUGUGUAACCUCUGUUUGGGAAAAGCAAACCCUAAACAGCCCCAUUCAGGCUAUGAGUAAAAAAUGGGGAGUGGAAAUCUGCCCUCAAUGAAAAAUGAUCCCAUCCCAUAUCAGUGACCCACAUUAUUCACUUUUUAUUAUUUAUAAAGUUCUAUUUUCUGUACUUCACUCAAUCCAAAUACCAGAAAGAUCCAAAAGCCUUUUAAUUUUGGGGGGGAAAGAUAGUAAUUUUCCAAAGAAGGGAGUGCACAAUUAGAGAAAUGUGAAAAUUGGCAUCUCAUCAAGAGAGACAUUUCCCAGCAGCAUCUUUAUCUGCUGACUCGUGUCUGCUGCAGCCCAAACCAGAUAAAAUCUAAGAACUGAUUAGCCUUGUAACAACCUGCUGCUUGCUUUGGGCUGGUUUUAAUGUAUUUUCUUUGGGAAUCAUCUGCAGUGAUCAAAGCUCUUUGAAAAUUAGGGAAUAAAGUUGGGGUGGGCUCCCCCAAAUCCUCACUUUGGCCUGGGGGAGCUGUGCCUGCACACACCCAUCACAUUUUCCUGUGGAGCACUGCAGGUAAAGCAGACCCCUCAUCCCAGAAAAUGCUUCUGUUAAACAAUGCUGAGUUUCUCUGUUUCAGACCGUAUCAGUGAGUGUCAAAUGACCCAAUAAUGGAUAUAAAUCCCCCGUGCAGCUCCUGCUCUGUUGCUGCUAAGAGGUGUUUGUGAUGUGCUGGUGGUGCAGCUUUUUCCGCUCAGAUUUUAAACCUCUAAAUGUUGGUGUUCCACGAUGCCUCAGGACCUAAAAAUCAAACAGGGAAGAAAAGAUGUGCAAUGGAACCUGGAUUUUUGAACACGGGUUUUGAGGAAUAUGCCCAGUGAAUAUUAAACAAGUGGCUUAAACUCCCAGGAAAUCUCACUCACCUGGGCUGUUUUCUCUUCCCCAGGCAUUUAUUUUCCUUUUUUUCCCUGCACUGGGAUUUUUUCUGCUGUAAAGGUACCCUGGAAAGUGCAGGUUGGUGAUGGCUUUUUAGAGAUUUUUUUUUUUCAAAAGUGAAUUAACAGAGCAAGCUGAGGUUUCCCUGAGGAGUUUUUUGUCAUUGCAGGGAGCUGGGCUGUGUUUUUGUCUCGGUGUGUGCCAGGUGAGAGCAAGUGUGACCAUGUAGCUCAGUAGAAGUGUCACCAAGUGCUCUGCAGUUCAUGGAAUUCCUGACUUGGAAGGGAUCCACAAGGUCAUCAAAGUCCACCUUCUUCCCCUGCACAGCACAGCCCCAAAAACCACUCCCUGUUCUGAAAUAGAGCACUGAGCAUUAAAUCUUUAUGCUGGUUUGUUUGGGAUAUUUUUUGGAUUUUUUUUUUAUUUCUCUGGGCAGGGUGUUUAUUAAAAUUACCUGCUGGAAAUCCGUGGGGAUUUCAUUAAUGAACACCUAGCAGGGAAUUCCAGCCUGCCUGCUGGGAUGAGGGAGUCCAGCCAUGGGAGCAGAACAGGGAGUUGUUAAUUCUCCCAUCCCAGGCUGUGGUUGGGUCCAUUUGGUUCUGACAUUUUGCCUCAGAACAAGUGAGAGGGGAAAUGGCACUUUCAGAUUUGAUACCCAAGUCAAGCCAGGAUGUAAUUCCACCCAUCAGGGAGGAGGCAUUUCCCACAGAUCCAGCUUUGGGGAUUUAAGCAGCCUCUGGAAGAAGGGAGGGAUGGGUCUUGCUGAAAAAGUUGCGCAGUUUUGACUGUGCAUAAGAUUAAACAAAUAAAAUCAGCUCUUCCUAAAUAAUGGGGAAAACCCCUCUGUUCCUUCUCCCAAGGGAGCUGUUUGGAUUCCCAGAGCAGCAUAAUAUUGAUAAUUUCUCUCUAAUUUUAUAUAUAUAUAUAUACAUAUACACAGACAUAUAUGUGUGUGUGUGUGUGUGUGUGUAUAUAUAUAUAUUAUAUAUGUCUGUGUGUAUGUAUAUAAAAAUUAAAUGACUUUAUCAAGAACCUGCAGGAACAGCCCCAUCUUCCCUCACUGUCAAAAUCAGGGGAUCCAAUCUCCAGAAGCCCUCGUGGCUCUGCACUCUCAGCAGGAUACAAGCACAGCCCCUGGUGGGGCUGGAUCUUUAGGAAGAGCAGAAUUAGGAAUCAAAUCAGGAAAUUACUUUCCCCCUCUGGAUAAAAUCAUGUGUUCAUGCAGGAAAAAAAUUUAAAAACCUUUGUUGUAACUCACAUCUUAAAUGGAUCUAAUUAGCAAAUGAUUUAAUGAUUGUUUUUUAGUGAUUGAUAUUUGUUCUGCUGUGUUGAUGUUCCACAAAUUCCAGUGAGUAGCUCUUUUCCUGGGAACUGCUUCCAUUGGUUGAAUGGCUUCAAUCCAGGGCACGAGAGGUUUUCAUCAAAGUUUUCAGGCCAAUAUUCUUUUUGACAUGAAAGCAAAUAUAGCACAAUCUUUCUAUAUAUAUUUAAAAAUAAAGGUGGGGUUUUUAAACAGUGACUCCACAUUUUGUAAAGAAAAGUUAGAAUAACAUUCACUGCUUCUUGAGCUUUUGAGAGGAAACCUCAGCAUCAUUUUUCACAGCCAUUGUUUUGCAGAUGAGAAGUGUAUUUAGCUCAUUUUGCUUACCUGUAAGAACAGAUGGAAAGAAAGGAAAUCCUUCAUGGUGAAUUCCCUUUGUUUGCCGAUGGAUCACACCCUCAGCUGCAUCUCUGUCAGUGUUUAUGACAAAAAAUCAAGGUACAAACCACGCUGGAGUAGCAGGACAUGUUUACAUUGCAGCUCUGGAUCUCUCAUGUCAAAUCGCAAGUGAUCUGCACUGAUUUGUUCUGUUUUCAGGCAGGAGCCCCUCGGGGGGUUUGAGCCAAAGCAUUCUGUCUGUUCAUUUUUUAUUAUUAUGGUUCUGACUUUAAACAAGAGACUUUGUAAUUUCAUGAGAAAAAGAUCAAAGCAAAUGUGGUGUCACCAUCACAAUGUUACUUUUUUGGGAGCUAAAUGUUAGUGUGCAUUGAUUAAAGUUUAGAGAAACGUGUUGUACUGUAGUUGCUGUUUGUACCACGCAGAUGUGCACGUACGGUUUGAAAAGAUAUUUUCAUUUUACAUGAAAUACAACUUUGCUAAUAAAAGUUUGACUUGAUGUAAUCUUCAAAA